UUCUCCAGCAGUGACGUGGUCUCCUCCUCCUGUCCGCAGCUCGUCACCGGACCUCUGUUGGGUAAUAACACUGUGAAACUUAGCGACAAGUAAGUGGUGUUCGCUGACCUGUGGUGCCUUAACUGCUCUCAGUACAUGCAUGAGCAUAGCACAGCGAGUCCUGACUUGUUCCAGGUUUGCAUGUCACUCAGUGAACAUAAACUGCAGGAGGAGGUUUUCUGCUUCACAGCAUAUAAUGAUGUCGCGGCACACACACUCCAAAAGAAUCGAGGGGCUGGACAAGAAUGUGUGGGUGGCCUUUACCUCAGUGGCAGCGGACCCAUCCAUUGUGAACCUGGGCCAAGGCUACCCAGACAUCCCUCCACCUUCUUAUGUCAAGGAGGCUCUAGCUGAGGCUGCAGCGGUGGACAGGAUGAACCAGUACACCAGAGGCUUUGGUCAUCCGUCUUUAGUGAAGGCCCUCUCUCAGGUUUAUGGGAAGGUCUGCGGGCGCCAGAUUGACCCCUUUAAAGAAAUCCUGGUCACAGUGGGAGGUUACGGUUCCUUAUUCAGUACCAUGCAAGGACUGGUGGAAGAGGGAGAUGAGGUCAUCAUUAUAGAACCUUUCUUUGAUUGUUAUGUACCUAUGGUGCGAAUGGCAGGGGCCAAGCCUGUGUUGAUACCGUUACGCCUUAAAUCUGGAAAGAAGACAAUCACAAGUGCAGACUGGUUUCUGGACCCAGAUGAGCUUGCCAGUAAAUUCAACUCUAAGACAAAGGCCAUCAUCAUCAACACCCCCAACAACCCUAUUGGGAAGGUUUUCACCAGAGAGGAGCUGCAGAUGAUCGCUGAUCUCUGCAUUAAGCACGACACUCUGUGCUUCAGUGACGAGGUUUACGAAUGGCUCAUCUACAGGGGACACCAGCAUAUAAAGAUUGCCACUCUGCCUGGGAUGUGGGAUAGAACAAUCACCAUUGGCAGCGCAGGAAAAACUUUUAGUGUUACUGGAUGGAAGCUUGGUUGGUCUAUAGGACCUGAGCACUUGAUAAAGCAUCUUCAGACCGUCAUGCAGAACACUCUGUACACCUGCCCCACUCCUUUACAGGAGGCUGUGGCUCAAGGUUUGCUGCGGAACUUUGAGAUGAUGGAUCAGCCAGAGUGCUACUUCUCCUCACUGGCAGAAGAACUGGAGGGCAAGAGAGACCGGCUGGCUGGCAUCCUGCAGGAGGCUGGAAUGACUCCUGUCAUCCCAGAGGGAGGCUACUUCAUGCUCGUGGACGUCACAUCUCUUAAUCAGGACCUGUCACACAUGGGCGAUGACGAAGCGUACGACUACAAGUUUGUGAAGUGGAUGAUUAAAGAAAAGAAACUGGCAGCCAUUCCAGUCACAGCGUUUGUUGGAGACGAGUCCACGAAGCAGUUUGAGAAAUACAUUCGCCUUUGCUUCAUUAAGCAAGACAGCACUCUGGAUGCAGCCGGGACCAUCCUGAAAAACUGGAGGAAGGUUUAAUUUGAUGCAAUGUCUGAAAAGUCAGGGAGGAGAAACAACUCUGGUCAAACUGAGGAAAUGGGAUCUGUGAAAUUGCACACCGGAAAAUAAACUUCCAUUUAAUAGCAAAAUGCCUGUCCAUACUUUGACCUGUGACCUGUUUCAAGGGAGAGAAUCACUAAGUCAGAUAGCUGAAAUGAACAGUUCUUAUAAAUCUCUUUAAGUGUGAAGUGUCAUUUUUAUCCCAUAGUGAAUCUUUACAACGCCUUACUCAUUCCUAUUUUUAUACUGUAUAGAUUAUUCAGUAUUUUGUAAGUUAAUAUUUGCAAAGGAUUUUAACGUGUGAGAUAGGAACGCAAGGUUGACUGAACCUUUCUGCUGUUACUAUGCCAUCUUUAGUUUUCAAUAAAACAGAAACCCAGACUCAGUCCUGGGUUGAACUGUGUGAAAA